AAUUUAUUUAGUAGCCAAUAUUUACGACAAUUGCUAAAGGAUGACUAAACAAAAAGCGAACCACAGAGCGGCCUCUGAUUAAAUCCCAAACCUUAUCCAACAUAACCAAAACACAUAUGUAUGCCAUGGAAGACGCUUUCCUCUACACAUGCAUUUCUCUUGCCAUCUUCCUUUUUGCAUUCAAACUCAUUCUCUCAUCAACAAAAAGCUACAAGAACCUGCCACCAAGCCCACCUUCUCUUCCAAUUAUUGGUCAUCUUCAUCUUUUAAAAUCCCCUCCUCAUCGAACUUUACACCGUCUCUCACAAAAAUACGGCCCCGUAAUCACUCUCUGGUUCGGGUCACGCCGCGUGGUUAUAGUAUCGUCACCAUCAGCCGUCGAAGAAUGUUUCACGAAGAACGACAUCGUUCUUGCCGACCGUCCUCUGCUACUUGUGGGGAAGUAUGUCGGCUAUAACUUCACCAAUCUCAUAUCAACCUCGUACGGUGACCACUGGCGAAACCUCCGCCGCAUGGGUUCGACCGAGAUAUUCUCUUCGAGCCGGCUCAAUAUGUUCUCUGGAAUCCGUAAGGACGAAACAAUUCGUUUGUUGCAUAAGCUUUUGCGUAAGAGUUCAGAAGGAGAUUUUGCAAAGGUGGAGCUGAAAUCAAUGCUUACGGAGCUGACACUGAAUAUCAUAAUGAGAAUGGUGGCAGGGAAGCCGUACUCAGGAGACGAAGUCAUAAACAAAGAUGAAGAGCAACGGUUCAAAGAGAUUGUAUGGGAGGUUUCCGCUUACGCUGGGGCUUCACAUGCAGAGGAUUUCUUGCCCAUCUUGAGUUGGAUUACUGGUUACGAAAAGAGGUUGCAGAGGCUUGGAGAGCGUACGGAUUCGUACCUCCAAAAUCUGAUCGAAGAGCAUCGAAUGAAGAUAGAAAAAACUAGUAGAAACUCCAUUAUCGAUCAUUUACUUUCUUUGCAAGAAUUACAGCCAGAAUAUUAUACCGACCAAAUUAUCAAAGGAUUUAUAUUGGUAAUGCUACUAGCGGGAACAGAUACAUCUGCGGUGACAGUAGAAUGGGCAAUGUCCAAUUUGCUUAACCAUCCCCAUAUCUUAGAAAAGUCUAGAGCCGAAUUAGAUGUUCAAAUUGGGCAAAAGAAAUUGGUGGACGAAUCGGACCUUUCAAAACUACCUUACCUCCAAAACAUAAUCUCCGAGACCCUUCGACUAUACCCAGCAGCACCAUUGCUCGUCCCUCAUUACUCGUCCGAAGACUGUACUAUUGGCGGAUACGACAUGCCACGUGACACUAUCUUGUUGGUUAAUGCAUGGGCCAUACAUAGAGACCCAAAAUUUUGGGAUGAUCCAGAAAGUUUUAAGCCAGAGAGAUUUGAAAAAGCCGAUGAUGGCGUGGUACAGAAAUUCAUUCCUUUUGGAUUGGGAAGGAGGGCUUGUCCCGGAAUGGGUUUGGCUCAUCGUGUAGUGGGCUUGACCUUGGGUUCGUUGAUUCAGUGCUUUGAAUGGGAAAGGGAUGGUGGAAAAGAAAUUGACAUGGCUGAAUGUCAAGGCCUAACCAUGCCAAAAGCAGUGCCAUUGGAGGCCAUGUGUAAAGUGUGGUGGGCCAAAAAAGAAAGGCAAGGAGUGUUAAGUUCAGGCCAGUACUAAAUGUCUAAAGUUGGGCCAGAGGAAAUACAAAGGCCAUCCGAUUUUGAUUCCAUGCCUGAGAAUGAUGGUUGUUUGCCUUACAAGAUUAUGGCCCAGCAAAAGCAAGUCCUGAAUGACCCAAUGGUGGUAAAUGUUUCACAACGCAAUCUAGGCCAAGAGACUAUCCAUUGUGAUUCUACUACCAUGUCCGAGUUGUACGAUGAUGUUGAGACCAAAAGGACUUCCUUCCCUAUCGAUCCAAUAGACCCAAUGGUUAUUACUUCU